AUGGUCCGGCUCCUCUUGGUUUUUUUCCCAGCGAUCUUUUUGGAUAUGUCCCUUCUUCCCAGGGGACCCGAUAGGAAAGUGUUGCUGGCGGGAGCCUCAUCUCAGCGCUCGGUGGCCAGAAUGGACGGAGAUGUCAUCAUUGGGGCCCUCUUCUCAGUCCACCACCAGCCCCCGGCGGAGAAGGUGCCCGAGAGGAAGUGUGGAGAGAUCAGGGAGCAGUAUGGCAUCCAGAGAGUGGAGGCCAUGUUCCAUACAUUGGAUAAAAUUAACGCAGACCCGGUCCUCCUGCCCAAUAUCACUCUGGGCAGUGAGAUCCGGGACUCCUGCUGGCACUCCUCCGUGGCUCUGGAGCAGAGCAUCGAGUUCAUCAGGGACUCUCUGAUUUCCAUUCGAGAUGAAAAGGAUGGGCUCAACCGGUGCCUGCCUGAUGGCCAGUCCCUCCCCUUAGGCAGGACUAAAAAACCUAUCGCCGGUGUGAUCGGCCCAGGCUCCAGCUCCGUAGCCAUUCAAGUGCAGAACCUGCUCCAGCUCUUCGACAUCCCCCAGAUUGCCUAUUCUGCCACAAGCAUCGACCUGAGUGACAAAACUUUGUACAAAUACUUCCUGAGGGUUGUCCCUUCUGACACUUUGCAAGCAAGGGCAAUGCUUGACAUAGUCAAACGUUACAAUUGGACCUAUGUCUCUGCAGUCCACACAGAAGGGAAUUAUGGGGAGAGCGGAAUGGAUGCUUUCAAAGAGCUGGCUGCCCAGGAAGGCCUCUGCAUCGCCCAUUCAGACAAAAUCUACAGCAAUGCUGGGGAAAAGAGCUUUGACCGACUUCUGCGCAAGCUCCGGGAGAGACUUCCCAAAGCCAGAGUGGUGGUCUGCUUCUGCGAAGGAAUGACGGUCCGAGGCCUCCUGAGUGCCAUGAGGCGCCUGGGCGUCGUGGGAGAGUUCUCACUCAUUGGAAGUGAUGGAUGGGCAGACAGAGAUGAAGUCAUUGAAGGUUAUGAGGUGGAAGCCAACGGGGGAAUCACAAUAAAGCUGCAAUCUCCAGAGGUCAGGUCAUUUGAUGAUUAUUUCCUGAAGCUGAGGCUGGACACUAAUACAAGGAAUCCCUGGUUCCCUGAGUUCUGGCAACAUCGGUUCCAGUGCCGCCUACCAGGACACCUUCUGGAAAAUCCCAACUUUAAAAGAAUCUGCACAGGCAAUGAAAGCUUAGAAGAAAACUAUGUCCAGGACAGUAAGAUGGGGUUUGUCAUCAAUGCCAUCUAUGCCAUGGCUCACGGGCUGCAGAACAUGCACCACGCCCUCUGCCCAGGCCAUGUGGGCCUCUGUGAUGCCAUGAAGCCCAUCGACGGCAGCAAACUUCUGGACUUCCUUAUCAAGUCCACGUUCAUCGGUGUAUCUGGAGAGGAGGUGUGGUUUGAUGAGAAAGGGGAUGCUCCUGGAAGGUAUGAUAUCAUGAAUCUGCAGUACACAGAAGCUAAUCGCUAUGACUACGUACACGUUGGGACCUGGCACGAAGGCGUUUUGAACAUCGAUGAUUACAAAAUCCAAAUGAACAAGAGCGGAGUGGUACGGUCUGUGUGCAGUGAGCCUUGCUUAAAGGGUCAGAUUAAGGUCAUACGGAAAGGAGAAGUGAGCUGCUGCUGGAUUUGCACAGCCUGCAAAGAGAAUGAAUACGUGCAAGAUGAAUUCACCUGCAAAGCCUGUGACUUGGGGUGGUGGCCCAGUGCAGAUCUAACAGGCUGUGAACCUAUUCCUGUGCGCUAUCUUGAGUGGAGCAACAUAGAAUCCAUCAUAGCCAUCGCCUUUUCCUGCCUGGGCAUACUUGUCACCUUGUUUGUUACCCUCAUCUUUGUGCUAUACCGAGACACACCAGUGGUCAAAUCCUCCAGUCGGGAGCUCUGCUACAUUAUCCUAGCUGGAAUCUUCCUUGGUUAUGUGUGCCCUUUUACUCUCAUUGCCAAACCUACCACCACAUCCUGCUACCUCCAGCGCCUUCUGGUUGGCCUCUCCUCUGCCAUGUGCUACUCUGCUUUAGUGACCAAAACCAACCGAAUUGCACGUAUCCUAGCUGGCAGCAAGAAGAAGAUCUGCACCCGGAAGCCCAGGUUCAUGAGCGCCUGGGCCCAGGUGAUCAUUGCCUCAAUUCUGAUUAGCGUGCAGCUAACCCUGGUGGUAACCUUGAUCAUCAUGGAGCCCCCCAUGCCCAUCCUGUCCUACCCAAGUAUCAAGGAAGUCUACCUUAUCUGCAAUACCAGCAACCUGGGUGUGGUGGCCCCUCUGGGCUACAAUGGACUCCUCAUCAUGAGCUGUACCUAUUAUGCCUUCAAGACCCGCAAUGUGCCCGCCAACUUCAAUGAGGCCAAAUAUAUUGCCUUCACCAUGUACACCACCUGCAUCAUCUGGCUAGCUUUUGUGCCCAUUUACUUUGGGAGCAACUACAAGAUCAUCACCACCUGCUUUGCAGUGAGCCUCAGUGUAACGGUGGCCCUGGGGUGCAUGUUCACUCCCAAGAUGUACAUCAUUAUUGCCAAGCCUGAGAGGAAUGUCCGCAGUGCCUUCACCACCUCUGACGUAGUCCGCAUGCAUGUUGGUGAUGGCAAGCUGCCCUGCCACUCCAACACUUUCCUCAACAUUUUCCGAAGAAAGAAGCCAGGGGCAGGGAAUGCCAAUUCUAAUGGCAAGUCUGUGUCAUGGUCUGAACCAGGUGGAAGACAGGUGCCCAAGGGCCAGCACGUGUGGCACCGCCUCUCUGUGCACGUGAAGACCAAUGAGACGGCCUGCAACCAAACAGCCGUCAUCAAGCCCCUCACUAAAAGUUACCAGGGCUCCGGCAAGAGCCUGACCUUUUCAGAUACCAGCACCAAGACCCUUUACAACGUGGAUGAGGAGGAUGCCCAGCCGGUUGGCUUCAGCCCUCCCAGCAGUCCUUCUAUGGUGGUGCCCCGACGCGUGCCACCCGCGGUGAGCACCCCGCCUCUGCCGCCCCACUUGACCACAGAGGAGACCCCCCUCUUCCUGGCAGAACCGGCCAUCCCCAAGGGCUUGCCCCCUCCCCUCCAGCAGCCACCGCAACCGCAGAAAUCCCUGAUGGACCAGCUACAGGGAGUGGUCAACAAUUUCAGCACCGGGAUCCCAGAUUUCAAUGCGGUGCUCGCAGUCCCCGGGGGCCCAGGGAACGGGGUGCGCUCGCUGUUCCCGCCCCCGGCGCCCCCGCAGCACCUGCAAAUGCUCCCGCUGCAGCUGAGCACCUUCGGGGAGGAGCCCGCCUCCCCGCCAGCAGAAGACGAGGACGAGGACGACAGCGAGAGGUUCAAGCUCCUCCAAGAGUACUUGUAUGAGCGGGAAGGGAACACGGAGGAAGAUGAACUGGAAGAGGAAGACGAGGACCUGCAGGCGGCCAGCAAACCGGCCCCCGAGGAUUCGCCUGCUCUGACGCCUCCGUCGCCUUUCCGCGACUCGGUGGCCUCGGGCAGCUCGGUGCCCAGCUCCCCCGUGUCCGAGUCGGUGCUCUGCACCCCUCCCAACGUGACCUACGCCUCGGUCAUCCUGAGGGACUAUAAGCAAAGCUCUUCCACCCUGUAG